AUGGAGGAAACUUACUGUUCAGAUUGCAAAAGUGUUACAGCAGUGAUAAAAGAUCAUUCGACCGGAGACGCAAUUUGUUCCGACGGUGGACUUGUAUCAGAAGCCUACUCAAUUGGUGAAACAUCUGAAUGGAGAACAUUCCGUGAUGAAUCAAAUGAUAAUGGGGAUGAUUCAAAUCUUCUUCUGUCUAAUAAUGGUUUAACCAUCAUUCCUCCCUCUUCUAAUUCUUCUCUUAGGCGUUUUAAUCCUGACAAGGGUCUUAUCAAGGCGUUCAAGGCGAUUGAGGCGAUGUCUGAAAGAUUAGGUCUUGUUUCUACAAUAAAGGAUUUGGCUAAUGAGAUUUAUAAGAAGAUGGCGGAUUUGAAGAGUAGAAAGCGUAUCAACAAGAACGCAAUUCUUGCUGCUUGUUUGUAUAAAGCUUGCAAGAGACUAGGGAAACCGAGAACAAUGAAAGAGAUCCAUUCCGUUGCGACUGGUGUGACCAGGAAGGAAAUUGGACGUGCCAAUUCGGAUAUUAGUAAACAUUUGGAGGAAAUUGGAGACGGGGUUCAGUGUCCUUCGGAAAUUAGGCGUUUUUGUUCUUAUCUUGGUAUGAGUAAUAAAGCUGUGAAAGCUGCUCAAGAAGCAGCUGCAAAGACUGAAGAAUGUGAUAUUAGGAGGAAUCCUGUAACGGUUGCAGCGACGAUUAUUUACAUGAUAUCUCAAUUGUCUGACGAGAGAAAACUGAUUCGAGAUAUUGCUGGUGCAACUGGAGCUGCAGAAGUCACUAUUAAGAAUUCUUAUAAGGAUAUUUAUCCUUAUGCAUUGCGACUGGUGCCAGCCUGGUAUGUUAAUGAGGAGGACCUCAGGAAGUUGUAUAGGCCUUGAAAGAAAUGGGAACAAAAUCCGCUGUUCAUAACUGCAAUUGGUGCAAAACUUGCAGUCCGUGUCUGCAGAUGGUAUUUUUUUCUGUUUCUGUUGCGGUAUAUUGGCAACAUUAGAUUUACUUGGCCAUCAAAGCACUGUCAGGGCUAGGAAAAGAUGUUGCGUUACUAAAAUGCCUGGAGGUUGUCA